UCUAAUGAUUUCCUUAAGGAAGGAACACAAAUAUUCAAGAUGGGAAGUAACAGUGCAAACAGUACAAGAGCAAAGUGCACUGAUCUUCAAAUGCCAUUUCAGUACUCCCUCUAUGCAACCACUUACAUCCUCAUAUUCAUCCCUGGUCUUCUGGCCAACAGUGCAGCCUUGUGGGUUCUGUGCCGCUUCAUCAGCAAGAAAAAUAAAGCCAUCAUUUUCAUGAUCAACCUCUCUGUGGCUGACCUUGCUCAUGUGCUGUCCUUACCCCUCCGGAUUUACUAUUACAUCAGUCACCACUGGCCUUUCCAGAGGGCCCUUUGCCUGCUGUGCUUCUACCUGAAGUAUCUCAACAUGUAUGCCAGCAUUUGUUUCCUGACAUGCAUCAGCCUUCAGAGGUGCUUCUUUCUCCUCAAGCCCUUCAGGGCAAGAGACUGGAAGCGUAGGUAUGAUGUGGGCAUCAGUGCUGCCAUCUGGGUCAUCGUUGGGGCCGCCUGUUUGCCACUUCCAAUUCUGAGAAGUGCUGGCUUAGCCAACAACACUGAAUCCUGCUUUGCUGAUUUAGGGCUUCAACACAUUAGCAUGGCAUCCUCUAUUGGCAUGAUAACUGUAGCUGAACUUGGAGGGUUUGUAUUACCUGUUGUAACUAUUAUUUAUUGCACAUGGAGAACAAGAAAAAUUUUACAGGAAUUCCAAGUUCCCCUUCAGAAUACCAAGGAGAGAAAAAAGGCUUUGUGGAUGGUCCUAAUGUGCGCAGUGGUAUUUAUUGUAUGUUUCACCCCUUACCACCUCAACUUCCCAUUCUUUAUGAUGGUUAAGCAACAAGUCUUUUCAAACUGCUCAUUUAUUAAGAGUACUCUAUGUUUCCACAUCAUUUCCCUGUGUCUUGCAAAUCUAAAUUGCUGUCUUGAUCCAGUUGUAUAUUAUUUUAUGACCUCAGAAUUGCGUGAUGGAUUUUUGGAACGUAGUAGUUUGAUUCUUCAGUCGUGUGUAAGAUGCAAGGACAGUGCUUUGGAAAUUCAUCAUAAGAAAGAGAAUCUUCAAACUAUCUCUCUUGAAUUUUUGGAUGAUUCCAAGACAAUGUAA